AUGUAUCAACAACCAAUGUACUUUAAUAUGCGUCGAUCUAUGGACAUACCGCCACCUUUACAUUUAUCAAAUCAAUCAGAUAACGAGAUUCCUAGUCAAUACACUCCGAUUACACCAUUUGACAUAAGCUAUGGCCAAUCUAUGAUUCCAUCCAACUUGUUGAUGAACUCACCAUAUUUUACACCACCUCCAACGGCAAGCCAAUACUUCCCUCCCCAGUAUUCAAGAAACAGUUCUUGUACUGGAUCUCAGUCGUCGUCACCGAGAGGUACACAUUCAAAAUUGCGCUUGAACGGUAGUAAAGGUAUACAUAAUAACAGUCAACAUGAAAAUACCAGGAAAUUGCAUUAUAUAUCUUCCUUGAAUAAUGGUAACCUCCAAAACGCAGUGUCAAUGAACCAUGUGACUGAUCAGCCAAGUUGCUCGAGAACAGUGAUUUUCAGAAACAUAUCUGAAAACGUGUCAAUGCACGAGUUCUUGGAUGCUAUAGAUUUUGGCCCCAUAGAAUAUUGUAAAAUAUUUUCCAAACCAACACCAAGAUUCACAAAAGAAAAGUUUCCUGAGUAUCCUGACAACAUGCAAGUAUGCUACGUGUCGUUUAGUAAUUACAGAAUCGCGUUGGCAUUCUACUCUAAGUACACACAAGAUACCAAUCUUAUGAAUGGGCUAAAAGAGAAGUUGAAAAACUCGACUUACUUGAAAAUUCAGUUGAAUGAUACACAAGGCAAACACAGAUCCACUUCAUAUUCCAACCAGGAUUAUUUAAAGUUGAAAACACUCAAUUAUAUUUUGGAAUUCAAUGCGACAAGAUGUUUAACCAUCUCAUUCAGCGCUGUUCAUGAAUUUCCAGAGAAUGCCAACAUUGAUUCGAUUCACGAGAACAUUAGAUCGUCAAUAUUGACUCAUUGUGAAAAGUUUGGCCAAGUUGAAGAUUUUGUAUUUAACAUGGAAACUGGUAAGGACAAUUGUGGCGAGCUUGUGGUGCAUUUUUGCUCCAUUGAUUCUGCAAUCAAAGCUUAUGAGAGUCUUUCAAAAAGAAUAAAUCAGAAUUCGCAUUAUAAAAAUAGGGACAACAACAACCGUAGUGAUACAACCAAUGAUUCUUCUACAAAGAGUUUUAGUAGUUUGAAUGAUAUUAGAUUUUCAGGGGUGGAGUUUGGUAAAGAUCGAUGUGACAAGAACGUCAUAAAUACAGAGAGACCCGUCUUAUAUUCCUCAUCAUCGAAAGGUCAAAUUCAGUGCAUUCCAGAGGAUGAAGAGACCGGUACAGAAGAUCAACCUGGAGACACUUCUGAUUUGAAAGAAUUUAUCACCUCUCCCGAGAUUGAAAGAGUCCCUGGUACAUUAAACAUUGCUGAUCCAAUAAGUCCAAAUUCCUCUGAUGUCGAAGGAGGAUCGCCCAUGAAGUCUCCAAUAGUUAACGGCGAGAAUGGUUUAGAAUCCCCCAGUUUAAGCAAUGCUGAUUAUUCAGUGGCUUCAUUUAGUCCAAGAUUCCAUUCUUCAUUUCCUCAAGCUCCUUAUUUACCAGGAAACCCUAUGUUGACAAACUCUAACGUAUCGCUUGUGUCAUUAUCUGGACCUGAUCCACAAACCUUUGGUAAUAGAUCGAUAUAUUUAGGAAAUUUGCAUCCAGGCACAACUAUAGAAGAAAUUGCUAACAACGUUAGAGCUGGUGGUUUAGUUGAAUCAAUUAACUAUCGACCAGAGAAACGAGUUUGUUUCAUUACUUUUAUUGACCCUAAUAUUGCUUACAAGUUCUAUAUGAGCCACCAGGUGUUGCACCAACUAGUUAUUCAUGGGUAUGAUGUCACUGUUGGAUGGGCAAAUCAACCUAGUGGACCAUUGCCACGUGAUAUUGGAGUUGCUGUCAGUUCAGGUGCUACAAGAAAUGUGUAUAUUGGAAUUAAAACUUUUAAUAGCAGCGGUGCUACUGAUGCGUCCGAGAAAUCAACAAAAAUUCCAUUGCCAUCUGAACAAGAAUUGCGUGAUGAUUUUGGAAAGUUUGGUCCAUUAGAACAAAUCAACUUUAUUCACAACAGGGAAAGUGGAUUUAUGAAUUUUUUGCGUAUUGCUGACGCAAUUAAAGUCGUUUCUAUUUUUGAGUAUGGUAUUGCUGAUAGCAUGAAACGAUUAAAAAGAGUUCUCAAACUGGAAGAAGAAGCCGAAAAGUUUUAUAACAAGUACAAAACUUUUAAGGUUAGUUUUGCCAAAGACAGAUGUGGUAACCCCCCAAAGUUUUCAUUUAAGAAAAGAGGUACCGAAGAUAUGAACAUGUAUCAGCAAUACGAACGCCAUUCGACUUCUAGUUUCAGGCAGCUGCGAGGUAACCAAGAGCCUCAUACAAACAACAAGAAUAGUACAGAUGAAUAUAAUAAGGAAGUGAUUGCACAAGAGGCAGCAAUGGUAUUUGGUAUUGUGAGCAAAACUAAUGCAGAAAACCAGGGGAACACAUCUACUGAAUUGUCAGAUUUACCAGAAACAAAAGAAGAAGAAGGUGAAUCGAACGAACAUAAAGGCGCCAUUACUCAAAAUGGAGAUAAGGAUAAUAAAGUAAAUAUAUUGGGGGAUGUCAAGGAACAGAAAUCACAACGAAACGGUUCUCAUAAUAAAGAUAGAGAAGAAAACAACAAUGACGAAGAAGAAGAAGAAGAGGAUGAUGGUGACGACGACGAUUAUGACGAUGUAUCUAUAAUCAUUGGAUCCGAUGACACUGCAUCGUUUAACGCUAGUUUUAGUAAGCAAACUAAAAGAGAAGGUAAAGCAUCAAGAACAAGACCACGAUACCAAAAAAUAUACCAUCAUAGUUAUUCUGAACCAUCAUUCAGAAGAAGCUCUUCAAAUGUGUCAUUGAAUAGUUCAAUGAAUUACAGCCAGGGACCAUAUAUGCAGCCACAACCUGUUUAUUUUUUGCCACAUCUUAGUCGCAACAAUUCUUCAUCUAGCUUUAUGUCUAGUAACAUGUAUGGUCCUCCAGCUAAUGUUCCACCACCUCAUCCUUACUUUGUUUCUCCUCCCCAAUUUAUACCUCAAGCCCAAGUUUGUUACCCUCAAAUGAUGCAGGCUCCAAGUGGACAAGUCAACAAUCCUUAUUCAAGUUCUGGAUCUCAGGUUAUGGCACAAUAUUUAGCCAAGUCUCAACAGGAUAACAUGAUGUAUGGAAUGGUGCCUAAGAAUGGUGAUACAUUUGAUAGCUCGUAUAAUGAUAAUGGCCUGUACUCAAGCAGACGAAGUGAAGGUUCCUUUCGUCGUGGAUAUAGAAAAUAA